GUUACCACCAUUGCCUUUGUCCAUAUAACCUUGAGCGCAUCUCUGCUCGCCUCCCUUUACUGUUAUAUACUGGUGAUCUGAUCUUCCUCCUGCUCUUGUUACGGAGAGCUCUGCUCAUGGCCCAUGAGGACGGCUGGCCUCUGGGUCUCGGGCUGGGCACCCUGAAUCCGAGGGCCGGGGCGGUCAGGAGCGUCGGCUCCUCCUCCUCCUCCACCGCGGCCUUCACCCCGUCUCAUUGCGUCUCGUCCGUCGCUUCGUCUGAUCUGGACACGGAGUCGGCGUGGUCUUUGCCGCACGCUGGCCGCGGCGGCGGCAUCACGCUGGCGGCCCUGAUCGGCCUGGUGGACGCCAUGGAGAGCCGGCGCAGCAGGCGCCCGGGCGAGAGGGCGGGCAGGGGCGGCAAACUGCGGGCGUUGCUGCUCUCGCUAUGCCUCCGGAGCCACCUGGAGAACGGCGGCGGCGCGGCGCCGUCGCUCGGCCAGUUCCUCGAGAUGGAGCGGAGGGCUAGCGGGAGCAGCGGCCAUCUCCACAGGAUGCUUCCGUGGAACCGUGCCUGACGGACCCGUAUCCACGGUGCAACCGACGGAGGAACAAGAUUUGCAUGUUCUUAUUCAAAAAAAUAAAUAAAUUGCAUGUUGUUGCUCAUCUUUUUCUUUUUUGGAGGAACGUGUUGUUGCUUUUUUUAUAUACGUGUUGUUGCUCUUUUUAAAAUGAAAAAAAGAUUCUAAUCAUCCGAAGGAUCCCGCACUAAACAUCCAUCGUUUUCCUUGUACGC